AUGGCAACCGCCGACCCUCCACAGUCGGCCUUGGCCGGAACAGCACACAAGCCUCCCCGAGCACAAUCACCACCUGCUCAAUCCAAGCGCGAGCGUAAGAAGCAACUCAUUUACGAGAAGCUAGCCGCUCUUGAGCGAGACAUGAGCCGCGACCGCGACCGGAGCUACAGAGAAGAACUCCAAAAGAUCCAAGCAGAUGUGCACCUCGUCUCUCGAGUUGAUCCCUACGCCGAUCGCCCUCUUGACGAAAUUGAUCGCGACCUUCAAGAGCUUUCGCAAGCAAAUGCCAAUGGCACCGACCGACCCACGAGAACGCUACUGGAAAUGGCAGGACCAUCUUUCCAAGAAUGGGUCGAGCAUGUCAAGGAUAUGCUCGAGGUUCGUGAUUAUGAGCUGACAUCACAAAAGCAUGAGCACGAAGCUCGAACCAUUAUGCACCGCAAUACGUAUGCCUACAAAGUCGAAGUCGCCAGAAGAGAACACAGAGCUUUAUCGGCCACACUGAAAGACCGACUGAUGAACGCCAUCACAUCAAAGAAGCUUCGGCUUAAUAGGGAGAAAGAAGCUCUCGAUGUCGCUGAGAGCACCGUUCUGUUCUUACACCCCAACCAAUACACCUUGACGAACCCGGCAAGCCCUGGAGGCACCCAUUCGAAGCGGGCUACCAGACUGCGCAGAGACGCAGACGAUGUUUCCGGUCUCUCGGAUAAGAAGAGAAAGAGAAACGGUGCAGAGGAUGACGGCUCGCCCGCUCCUAUUCGAAGAGCUCUUGAUGCAUCCGCCACCACUCCUCUUUGGCAGAAUGACAGACUGCGUGCUGCACGGCGUGAGACUGGCCCAAUCUACAGCAUCGAGAAGCUCUUUACCGACAAGGAGCUUUCCAUGAACUACAACACUGCAGCUAUUGCUGCCUACAAGCAUCUGCUCACCCGGCGUGACAACGCUGGUAACCCGCUUUCCUCACCCGAGGAGAGCGAAGCUGGAAACGGCGAGGUCAAUGGCGACGAGAAGGAAGACCUGGCUGCUCCUGCCAUGGAACGCGCACCUUCCCAUCAGACCAGAAGCACUCGUAAUCUUGGCCAGAACUGGUUCGACGACAAGGUUCUCGGCGUUGAGGGUCUGGCCAACUUCGAGCUUGCCGGUAACCUCGAAAAGAUGGAUGCACAAGAGCCUCGGCUGCCACCCCUGAUUCACUCGCAAUAUUCCAAGGCAUAUGUCAAGUCCGAGUCCAACACACCCACCUCGCUCUCUCAGGACGAUGUCCACCAGGACAUGCAAAUCAUGAACGUCUUCAAAGCUUAUGAGCGUGCCAAGGGCGCUGGGGCCAACAUUGAUACGCCAAAUGGCGGUCGGCGACUGCUUGAAAACAUGAUCCCAGCUCAGCGGAACGGCAGACCCUUCGCCGCCCUGAUUCAGGGUCAGCCACGCCCAGUCCCUGAGCAUGUAGCUGACUCAUUGGGUGUAAAUGCGUCAGCCCUCAGAGACGAGCCUGCACCCAGCGGCUUGGGAGCUCUUGCGCCGGGAAUUACGACGAGCAACAAAGACUCACCGGCGGCCCCACCCAUGUCUCGGCAGAGUAGCUUCGGUGGUGUUGCCAUGAGCCGCUCUGGCAGUGGUCGGGGAAGACGACGGGGCUGA